AUGGUCGUUCUCAUAACCUCCGAUGAUGAGCGAAUCGUUGUGGAGGAUGAUAUUGCCAAACGAUCGGGACUGAUCAGGGAUUUGCUUGCCGCGCCUUGGGAUCCCAAGGACGGAGAUCGUGAAUAUAUGGGUAUUGAGCUCCCAAUCGUGUCCUCAGACGUACUCAAGAAGAUCCUGGAGUACUGCGAGCAUCACAAGGAAGAGCCUUUCGACGAUACCUACGAGUCAGAGGAUAUGUUUGCUGAUAUCGAUGAAUGGGACCUUAACUUCAUCACCGCUGAUCCGCAUAUGGCGUUUGAGAUCGUCCUCGCCGCAAACUACCUCGAGAUUCCGCCUCUUGUCUCUCUCGGAAGCAAGGCUGUUGCAAACAUGAUGAGGGGCAAGGAUGCUGAAGAGAUUUGCGAUAUGUUCAACAUUGAGAAAGACUUUGAGCCU